UAUCUAUUAACAUAACAUUGGCUGUCCCAAUUAACAAUCUAUGAGAUGAUAUAUAGUCUAAAAUCUAGGCAGAGUCAUAUUUUGACUCGAACACCAACGUUUUCAACAUGAACGACAAAAAAAUCUCAACGCAGCCGGAUUUGGAGACGCAGGAAAUUUCGCCGACUUCCGAAAAAGCCCCAGAUGGAGGAUAUGGCUGGAUCGUCACAACUUCAGUGGCUAUCGUCAACGGCCAUUCAUGGGGUAUCAACGCAGCAUAUUCUGUCUUUCUCGCCCAUUUUGUCGAAGAGAAUACAUUCCCUGGUACAACACCACUUAUGUACGCCAUCGCUGGAUCGCUUAGCGUAGGUGUCAUGAUGCUCAUCUCGCCAUUCACAACUACCAUGGCUAGAGAACUUGGUACAAGACCGACGAUGCUUAUCGGGGCUAUAGUACAGUCUGUUAGCCUUGUGUGUGCCAGCCUGUCAACUGAGAUAUGGCAAUUGUUUCUCUCUCAGGGAGCACUCUUCGGAAUUGGGAUGGGGCUAUUGUUUUUACCGUCCUAUGGAAUUAUAUCGCAGUGGUUUACAAGACGACGGGCUUUAGCUAAUGGUAUUGCCAUCGCUGGGGCUGGUCUCGGAGGAUUGACGUACUCACUCGCUACCGGGGCUAUUAUUCGCAACAUGGGCUUGGAAUGGGCAUAUCGGAUUCUUGCAAUCGUAUCGGCGGUGGCGAACAUCACCUGUACACUGCUUAUACGAACCCGGUAUAACUCACAAGCAACGAGACUUGCUUUUGACACGACUCUUUUGCACAGACCGGAGUAUCUUCUUGUAUUAAGUUACGGCGCCUUCAGUAUGCUAGGCUAUUUCGUCCUCAUCUUCACACUCGCCAAUUACGCAAAUGUUAUUGGACUCUCGUCGUCACAAGCAUCGAUGAUUCCAGCAUUCUUCAUGUUCGGCCAGGCCAUCGGUCGUCCUUGCAUCGGAUGGCUAAGCGAUCGAUUCGGCAGAAUCAACCUCACCUUCAUCAUGUCUCUCAUCACCGGAAUUUUGACCUUUGCGAUAUGGAUUAACGCAAAGUCAUUUGGUGUCCUGCUCACCUUUGCACUUGUCGGGGGUUUAUCAGCUGGUGUCUUCUGGGUUAACAUAUCACCUGUCCUCGUCGAGGUCAUGGGUCUGGAGAAUCUAGCCUCGGCGUUGAGUUGCCUUUGGGUUGCUAUGGCUGCUCCGUCGACGUUCAGUGCGCCUAUUGCUUUGGAGAUUUAUACAGGAACAGGGAGUUACUUGGGCGCGCAGCUGUUUACUGGAUUUAUGUACAUUGCUGCAUCCUUUUGCGUACUUGGAGUAAGACGGUGGAAGAUCGACAGCUUGAGAGGUGCGAAAGAAAGGUCCCCAGCAUCAGGAGAAGAUGGGCAAGAUCUGAAACCGAUGAGUUGGGAUUUGAAGUGUCUUAAGCUCGAUAUAGUAUAGCUGACCGUAAAAUACCUACGCCUGACCCCCAACACCUAUGCCGUCAAACCCUUAUGCCAUCCCAUUGAAGUCAUUAAAGUCGAAAAAACCAUUUACAUCCAUCAUCGACUGAUCCAUCCCCAAAUACCCCAUAUCUAUAAACGUCGCAACAUCUGGCACACCCGAAUCCACAGACUUGAACCACUCAUCUGUAAACAUUCCUUGAUCAAUCGUUUCUCGCGUAGCUUGUGAAUCAGGUGCCGCAAUCAAAGAGUCGAUCUGACAUGCAAAGAAACGGGCAAGAUCAAAGUAAAGGUGCACGGCUGAGGAUGCUGGAAGAUGUUGUACUACGCGGUCAAAGAAGGGAAUAACGCUGAUGACUUUUUCUGCAGCGGCGGCAGUUUCUUCUGGUGUGAUACCGCCUUUCUUUACAGCCUGGGCACCAGGUUAGUGAUGGUCAAAUACCAAGAAAUGAAGAGACUAACCCGAAGUAUCUCAGUCAUAGCGUGGCAGAUCAUAAUGAAUUGGUUAUUCUGAAAGCCA